UGUCUGCCAUACAGGAGGCUACAGCUUCAAAUUAUUGGGUUAAGUGAGCAAAGCUGCCUUUGUGUUGCUGGUGUUAACAAAUUUGUUGUGUGUAAACUUCUCACUGUGCUAUCUCAAUCCUCUCUCUCAUUCUGUCUGCAAGUAUCUAGGUUUCUGCCUCGGCACAUCAAAGACUCACAAAUGUCAUCACAUCUGAUAGAGCACAGACACAUCACUUUCUGUAAAGAUGCUAUGCAUUAUAAAUAGAAAAAAAACCACUUGUCCUGUUUUGUUUGUUUCAGAAUGUAAUUGGUCUCCAGUUAGUUUGAUGUGCUUUCUGAAAGCUGCUCCUAGAUGGACGGAGAACAAGACAGAGCGGGGCUAAGAGAGGUAAAGAGAGGUAAAGAGAGAAUUUAUUCAAUCAAUCUUACUCACAGAAGAACAGCACUUUGUGGUGUAUUUCAGGGAAAGAGGGAAAAGAGGCAGGAUGUGGUGGGUUAGAAACAGACUUGAGGAGGAGAAAUAGUCAGAGAUAGAAGAUAAACAAGUAAAGGAUUAUUUUUCAAUAUAUUGUCAUUAAAUCCUUCUGAUCAGUGAGGAAAGCAUUACUAAAUAUUAUGUAGUUUUAAUUUUGCUCAUGAUGAAUAACGUUAUUUAUUAUAUUAUUUCUUAUCUUAUCAUAAUAAUUACUCACAUGGGUGUAAUUAAAAAGCCAAGUGGUCUCAAAUUUCCCUCUACACCAUGGAGAUUGGAGUCAUUUUUGACUUUCCAGGCACUGCUGAGAGUGAAAGCUGUGAUCAGAAAUAGCAGCUGUUCCCUAUACAUGUCAAUAAAAGCCAACCAAGUAGCAGAAUAGCAAGUUGUGCUGGGAAAGCCCUCAAAACAAUGGACUGAAAAAAAGGUUUCUGAACUCAGCUCUCAGAACCAAGGUCCACAGGCUAUUGAUUGUGUAUUUGUUUAUUUGGUUAGAAGGGUGCCCUGCGAUCACGUUUCCCUAAUCGAGGCAGAUAACAGAAAGAAAUACGAUGCUGCAUAAAUUAGGCUGCAUGAUGCUACCCUUCUACUGAAUUUCACAUCAUAAUGCCCCAGUAAUUAGAUUUGGUGUAUUGUGCAUUAGGCCUUGUUUAGGAAAGAAAGAAAUACAGACUGGCUAUUAGUGACAAAGGGUAACAUGACGACGACGGGGGGGUGGAACGUUCCUGUAAUUUAAAAGGAUUCGCCACAUGAUUUAAACCAUGAAGACUUGACAAAGACUGUCAAGACUGUAUCUCAUCACUAUCGUGCCCUUUAUCUAAAAUAUUGUAAGUCUUCACUGCUCAUAAAUCUUUUUCACAGGGGGAGAGAAGUCAUAAUCCUUUCAGAUCCACUACAGACAUGCGGCUUUGAGAAGUGACCUUGAUCAAUCUAAACAACCAUUGCAGAAAAUGAAAAUGAAAAUGAUGCAGAAAAUGAAUCACUUAUUUGUUGCAUUACAACAAAUGAUGCAGACUGGUUUAAUUAUAUUAGUUAGUAUUCAGUACUUGUAAAGCAGCUUACUGAGCUGUCUGUCAUUCUUGGAUGUCAUCCAAAGCAACAUCUAUAGUGUAAAUUAAGACGGUGGGCGAGGAGACUAUCAUUUAAACUGGAGAAUUAGUUUUAUGGUUAUGUUCUUCAGUGCUGGUUCUCUAGGACGUCGCUGGACUAAUGUGAAUUCAGACACUCUUCUAAUGGGACCCAUUACAACCGACACUGCGAGAACUAUUCAUUUUUUAUGAGAAGGGUAGAUCUAUUGGCGCCUUGUAUCAGGGGCAUUCACUGCAGGAUUCAGUGAUUGUGUAAGUUUAAGGAAUGGUUUGUCCUUUUGGGGAUGAUAGAUCUUGAAGUGGGGUCUGGGGACUUCCAGGGAUCUUUUAAAGGGUUUCCAGAUCCCCAGUAGCAGGCUGGAACUGAAAGUACUGUACUUAAAUACAACUUUGAGGUACUUGAACUUGGCUAUUUUCAUUUUGUGGAAUUUUUACCUUUUACUAAGCGGCAUUUAUGUGACAGUUUUAGUUGUUAGACUUCUUUACAGAUUAAGUUGUUACACAUUACACAUCAUCUUAAAAAUAUGAGGCAUGCUGUUGCAGAUUUAUCUACCAACCUGCACACAAACUAGUGACCUAGUUAUUUAGCUCCACCACUACUAACUACAACAGAAAAAUGCUACUUACACAUUAAUGCAACAGCAAUUAUAAUCUAAUACACAUUUUUUAACACUCACAGGGACUAUUUUCUUGCACUAUGAGUACUUGUAUUUCUGAUAGGUAAAGCAUUUUGGUAAAAACACUUGCCUACUUUCACUUAAGUUACAUUUCUAAUGCUAGAUUAUCUACAUUUAUACCUAUAUUGUAGUAUUGCUACUUUUAUAUAAGUGAAGUACAACUAUAUUUCCUCCACUACUGCAGAAUGAGGACUAGUUUAUCUUAUCAGAUCACAGUAUAUGAAUUUCUUACUCUCUCUAUGUGGUUCUCACCCCUCCACGUACCUGUACGUGACUCUCUACUGAAUCUCACAGCAUAAGUGAGGGGGCUCGGCAGCAAACUUUGCAAUCAUCUGAGAGGAGGUUGUUGAUAUUAUAUAGUUAGUUGGGGGUCACAAGCCACUUGGGCAGGACAGUGCAGGGCAGAAUGAACGUGACAAUGUCAACUAAUGGGGACCAUAUAUGGGUUGCACUGCUAUAAGGACAAGCUAGGAAACUGAUAAAAAAUUCUUCACGUAAUAAUGAUGUAAGAUUAUUCAUGAUUCUCAUCAUUGCUCCCUCCAGACAUUGAUGCUGCUCCACUCUCCCCACUAUCGCCCAUACACAGCAGACAGGUCGUCCUCAACUGAGGGGCACCUGCUGUCCCGCUCUGCGCCGCAGUGGCUGUGAGAGCACGAUAACGUGCACAGCUGGAAGGAAAGGCAGACCUGUAACACAUUAUAUACUUCAAUAUUACAACAUCACGCGCACGGGAGACAGCAACGCGCAUUAUUUUCAAUCCCGGGAAAUCCAGACAUGAUGCCCAGUCUGCCGGGCGGUGGCAGGACAACGUGCGGGACAACUGGCACCCUUUUGUCGGCAUGUCUGGUUUCCGCUUGUCAAGCCCUCCGGAGCUGCGGGGAGGUCCAGUGCGGCGAUGGACAGCAGUGCUGUCCGCCCAUCGUCACCGGGAACGGCAGUACAAGCUCCACGGUGCGCUGCUGCAAACUGCCCAUCCACAUUUUCUUCGACAACGUAGGCUGGUUUACGCGGAAGCUGUCGGGCAUCCUCAUCCUGUUACUGCUGUUUGCCAUGGGCUACUUCAUCCAGCGGAUCAUCUGCCCGCGGCCCCGCCGACACCCGCACCACGACCGCAGCGAGGAGCCCUCCCUCUUUCACGGGCACGCAUCGGCGUCCCAGGACUCCCUGCUGGACCGGUACCCAGAGUACAGCCUCGGGGACUUCACCUCUCCGAACCUGCCAGCCUACGACGAGGUCAAAUAUUUACCCACGUAUGAGGAAAGCAUGCAGGAGAUGCACAGAGACCGAUCUGAUGAUAACUUGCUGUCGGAAAUUGAGACGGGCGGUCAGGGAAGAGUGAGAGCAGCAGGACCGAGGGCUGGAGACCAGAGGCGGGAUGUCCUGGAGGUGUCAGGACCGCAACACAGCCCAAGGACAUCUCGAAACUCUGUCUGACGGAAAACAGACUGGGCAAAGCUACAGAGACAAUAUAGUAUUCCUAUUUUAAUAUCAUCAGGGUAAUUAUUUUGCAGAGGAACAAACUCAAGUGCAAUUAUAAUCCUGAAUGUUAAGAAUAAAGCAGGAGGCUGAGAAUA